UUAUAUAUAAGAAACUUAAAAUGAAGAUUAACGAGAAGAAUUUGUCUGCAUUUGCUUCAUCGGCGACUCCAGUAGACCGUGAGGGUUGGCUGGAUAUGCGGGGCGAAGUAGGAAAGAGCUACCAACGAAGAUGGUUUACACUAAAAGGAAACCUUCUGUUUUAUUUCGAUAAAAAAGGAGAUAAAGAACCAGUUGGUGUUAUUAUCCUUGAGGGAUGUACGAUAGAGCUAACUGAGGAAGAGUCAUAUAGCUUUAAGAUAGUAUUCCACUGUGAAGGUGGUCGCACAUAUUUCUUGUGCACAAACUCCCAAGCCUCUAUGGAGGCUUGGAUGAAGGCUUUGGCUUGCGCAAGUUACGAUUAUAUGAAAUUGAUGGUGGCAGAGUUACAAAGACAGUUAGAUGAGGCUCAGGCUGAAGAGGCUGCAGAGGCUGCUGCUUUGGUAACAGUAACUACUCCUGAAGAGGAACCAAAAGUCCCACCUCGAGGGCAGCGCUAUAAUCCUUUCAACAAAGCACCUGAAGGGGAAACCAAAGCUGUGCCAGGAAGCAGACAUCAUAAAGAGAGUGUAAAAGUUGAGGUACCUCGUAAGAAAGUACCGUUCCGUGACAUCCACAAGUCAUACGGAAGGAAGAUCCUGUCGGAUCGCAGUGAGUGGCGCGCUAAAUUACGCGCCCGCGAAGAAGCCGCCGGCCGACCACUCAUACAGCUCUAGAUUUGUUGAUGUUCACGGAUGCUUAAUUCUAUUUUGCUUAGUCGUCGCCGCAAAGAAAUGUUUUGCGUUUGAGCAGCGGAGGUUUCUGACUUUGGAAAGAGUUCUGUUCUAGCAAAGCUAGUUGAGCAGAAAGUAUCUCGCACCUCGGCCUUAUUACCUCCAAUGUUUCAAUCUUUCGCGUUUUAGUACCUCCACUUUGGUAUUAAAGUAACAACCCAUAACAACGCUGUAGACAUCACAGUAAUGCCAUGAUGCCAUGUAUAUCUUUCAAAAUAUCCUCGUUCAUGACUUUGAUUUUUAUCGUAAGGCUCUCGUUAUCGAGGACUUCUGACUUCAACACAGUUGCUAGUAAGUCUUGUGAACCACACAAGACUCUUCGACGAAUCCUUCGAAAAUGAACCAAAUACAUAUAAGUGGACAAAACGAUAAACGCCGUUGUAACGUGCGGUCCGGCAAGGAUAUUUAUUGCAAUUAACGACCCUUGGACGAAAAAGUAUGACGACCACUGUUUUAAAUAAUUUUUGGUAUUAUGUAUACGUAUAAACAACCAAAAGGCAGUAGGAACGAAAUAAGCUUACAACUGAAGAACUUAAAACUAUUUCUAUUUCACUGAUGUUUCGUGUAUAACUGUAUAAGUGUAGAAAUUAUAUCUAGAACAUAAUUAUAGUUUAAUUUAAUGCCUCUAGCUUGUAUAAAAAUGUUUAUCAACUUGCCUAUUAAUGUAAGAUUUUGAAUUAGCUCAUAUUAAUACCUUUGCUUUUAUUAUUUAUAAUUAACAUAAAUAUGUACAUGUUAUUAGCAAAUAAAGCUUCACGAUCAUCA